CGGCCCGGCCACGUCAUGAGGGGAGGGAGGAUCCGGGGGAGCGGGUUCCGUGUGGGACCGAUACCCCCCUCCACCCCCGGGCCGGACCUCGAUUCACUUCCCUGGUGUUCAAGAGUCGAAUCAAGGCGGAGGCUCCGGCAGUGAUGAACAGCUCCUCGGAAUGACUUCACCCGUGAUGGUCGUGCGUCUGCCCCGAGGUCCCGAUGGGCAGAGCCGAGGCUUUGAUCCGACAUCCCCGCGGUACCACGCCCUUGCACCUUCUUCCAUCCAAGCUUCAAACAACUGCUGCGGUUCCAGCCUCAAGGAGGAGCAGCGAUCGCGGUCUGCCCUGCGGGAACGCUUCCUGCGCAGCCUGACUGCAAUGGCGGGGAAGCCGGUGGACUUCACCAUGUACGAGAGGGUCUCUGUCACUGCGACGUUCGCGGCUUCAGACAUCGACAUCCUGAACUUCCAGGUGUCUCAUCUGCAGACGCCACUGGGCGUUCAGAAGGAAGCGCUGCUCCGAUGUCCAGACAUCAUCGCCUAUGCGUUUAACCUUUAACCCAUCUACACUGGUCAUGAGAAGGGAGAUUGUAACCCUGUUAGAUGCUCGGGUCCUUGUGGGCUCAGGUCUGAGUCACACCAAUGAGGCCGAGUGAAGCAGCAUCAAGGUUUACCCUUUGUUCUCAGUGUGGGAACUGCUGGCUGGCUGAGGUGUGAUCUGCAAAAUUCACUGUUGUUGCUCAGCUUACAAUCUGAACUCUUCACUAAAAAUCUCUUGGCAGUAUUGUUAAUGCUGUACUGAAAACACAAUAAAAGUUUGGAUUAUACA